GUCCAUUCCAGCAUUCACCCCGUCUGAUCCCUCGCCAUUACCUCUGACCGACCAUUUCGCCUGAGGGAAUGUUCCUCCGCUCCACCCUACGCCGCACCGAAUCCCUCUGCUGCAAAUUCUUCUCCUGGUUCCCCCUCGGCCUCGUCGCAUUCCUGACGACAUGGGCCCUCUACGUCCAAGCAUACACAAUCUGCCUCCGCCACGUCGGCGGUAAAACGGGAUAUGCAUGGGCAGCACUGACAGUGGUGUUGUAUGCCAUGGCGUUAUGGUGCUACUACACAGCAUGCCUAACACCGCCCGGCUCACCCUCUUCACCAAUCCCAAAACCAUUACAAGAUCUCUCCUACUCUCUCCUCCCCACAACCUCCACAACAUCCCACGAACGCGACGUUGAACUGGGGGCACCAACAUCCACCAUCACUGUAAAAGAGAAUGGGAAAACGCGAUACUGCACAAAAUGCCAAUGUCCGAAACCGGAUCGGGCGCAUCAUUGUAGUGUAUGCGGUGUGUGCGUGUUGAAGAUGGAUCACCACUGUCCGUGGCUAUCAACCUGUGUCGGGUGGAAUAACUACAAACCGUUCGUGUUGUUCCUCGUCUAUGUGACACUCUUCGCUACAUCAUGUUUCGCCGGUACGUGUCUCGCAAUAUACUGGUGGACACUCGAACCCUACUCUGGUGUCGAAGACGAAUUCCUACAAUUGAGUUGGGUGUUAUUGGCGGCGCUGAGUGGAUGUAUCACCAUCAUCGUCGGUGCGUUCGGAGGAUGGCACCUCAGUCUCUGCCUCCGCAACAUAACCACAAUUGAAUCCCUCGAAUCAACCCGCUACUCCACCCCUCACCCCCUCUCCCGCCUCCGCCGCUCCGCCCCAACCAACAUCGAAAUCGGAAACGCCUUCGAUCUUGGUUACUACGCAAACUGGUGUCAAGUCUUCGGGGAGCGAAAGACGUUGUGGUGGGUUCCGGUGGAUGGAGGACGGAGAGGUGAUGGGAGGGUGUUUGAGGUUAGUGGGGAGGCUAGACAGAGGUUAGAGGAGGUUGCGAUGAGGGUGAGGAGUGAGGAGGAGAGGCAUCUGGGGAGGUGGGAGAGUGAGUGGGCGGACGUUGAGGAGUAUAGUAUGGCAUGAUAAAGGGAAGGCGUUGCAGUUGUGAGUUUCUUGGGUGCAUUACUGCUGGACGGUUUUUGCAUGGCCACUAUUAGAUUGCGACGGUAGCCAAUUGCAAAAUGUAUCUCGGUCC